AUAAUAAGCUCGAAAAAGUGAAUUUGUUCUUGUCGUCAAGGAUUGUGUGUGAAUCCCCCGGAAUCAUGAACGGUACAAUGGCGAUGGCAACUCCACCUCAAAACAACAUGGAGCCACCGAUGAAGAAGGCCCGCGUAGAAGAUGUUACAGCGGAGAGAGUGACAGUACAGAAUCUGUGUGGCCUACGACUGAGCUGUGAUCAUGAGCGUGCGCCAAACAAUCUCAAAGUGAAUACGCUACGCACUCGUUGAUACAGAAAAAAAGAUAAAUUAUUUUAAUAAUCGAGUUUAUCGGUUUAUAAACGAAAGUCUUUCACUCGAGGACAAUAGAUUUGUUCUUUUCUGACAGCUCUACGUGGUAGAAUUUCAAUGAGAUUAGGAAAUGCUGGGGAAUUCCUACCUGGACCCAUUUAUGACCUCAAUCAGACUGGGCAAGUUGUGGCUGGCCCUGGAGCCAAGUAUCUCACUCUGCCUGGUAUCCUCGGUGCUGGACUACCGAAAAUAUCGACUGAACAGCAGGAUGCUGUCAACAAGGCGAAGAAGUACGCCAUGGAGCAGAGCAUCAAGAUGGUUUUGAUGAAACAGACACUCGCUCACCAGCAACAGCAAAUGGCUAGCCAGCGGAAUCAGGUACAGAGGCAGCAGGCCCUCGCCCUCAUGUGCAGGGUCUACGUGGGGAGCAUAAGCUUCGAGCUGAAGGAAGAUACAAUUCGUCAGGCCUUUCUGCCCUUCGGACCCAUCAAGUCCAUCAAUAUGUCAUGGGAUCCAGUGACACAGAAGCACAAGGGUUUCGCGUUUGUUGAGUACGAGAUACCAGAGGCUGCGCAGCUCGCUUUGGAGCAGAUGAAUGGAGUUAUGAUUGGUGGGAGAAAUAUCAAGGUAGCUGGACGCACUCAUGUUACGAUCCCUCCAACAUCCCGAGAUCCUUCCUUAUCUCCCGAGGUUGUUGGGCGUCCAUCCAAUAUGCCCCAAGCCCAAUCAGUUAUCGACGAAAUAACCGAGGAGAGCAAGCACUACAAUCGCAUUUACAUCGCUUCUAUUCAUCAAGACCUAACAGAGGAGGACAUAAAAUCAGUGUUCGAGGCAUUUGGCCCAAUUACCUAUUGCAAAUUGGCCCAGGGUAGUUCACCCCACAGACACAAGGGUUAUGGUUUCAUUGAGUAUGAGACAAUGCAAUCAGCACUUGAGGCCAUUUCCUCUAUGAAUCUCUUCGACCUUGGGGGACAGUAUCUGCGAGUUGGACGGGCAAUAACCCCGCCCAAUGCACUGAUGGGACCUCCCACUGGUAGUAGCAUGAUGCCAACAGCUGCUGCUGUUGCUGCUGCUGCUGCGACAGCUAAAAUUCAGGCGAUGGACGCGGUUGCCAGCAAUGCAGUUGCCCUUGGGCUCACAAAACUUGGAGCUAGUGCAUCUCCCAUCUUGAAUACGACUCUCCCAGGCAUCGUUAGACCAACAGUGACUUCAACGACAGUAAUGGCACCUCCAACAGUAGCAACAGUGGCUCCAAUAAUUCCUCCCCCUGGAAUUGCAAUUCCCCAGACACUUGCUCGUCCACCAGCGAUCAUUCAGCCUAUUCCGGGGCAAACUGUCAUCAUUCCACCAGCUGCUGCCGUGCCUCCAGUUGUUGCUACACCCGUGGUUCCAGUCAGCACUCCACCAGUAACUGACAUUAACAGACGAGCCCAGGAACAGGCAGCCCACCAGAAGCAACAGGAGGAGCUCCAGAAGAAGCUCCUGGAGGAGACAGAGCCCCAGACACUCCAACAACAGGAGAAUAUGUCGAUAAAGGGGCAGAGUGCUCGUCACCUUGUGAUGCAGAAGCUGAUGAGAAAAGUUGAGUCUCGAGUGGUUAUUCUCAGAAAUAUGGUUGCACCAGAAGAUGUCGAUGAGAGCCUCCAAGAGGAGAUUCAAGACGAGUGCUCGAAAUUCGGUGUCGUCGAGAGAGUUAUUAUUUAUAAUGAGAGACAGUCAGAGGACGACGAAGAUGCCGAGGUCAUUGUGAAGAUUUUCGUUGAAUUUUCACAAAUGAGUGAGGCAGAAAGAGCGAGGGAUUCAUUGAACGGUCGUUACUUCGGCGGUAGACUAGUGAAAGGAGAAUUAUACGACCAAGCCCUUUUCGACCAUAGUGAUUACUCAGGCUGAAUAAUUUCUGAGUAAUUAAAAUCCUUAUCAAAUUAAUUAGAAAUAGUUGACGUUUUUUUUUCCUAUGGAAGAAAUACUCUCUGGAGUAGCGGACGAAGCUGGGAAAUUCCCAAGUGUAAAAAGAGUCGGAGCUAAUAUACUUGUAAAAAACGAUUAUGCAGACUCACUACUGCUUGUCAGAAGUGAAAGACAAUUUCUAUCAACAAAAUGAUUGAUUCGUUCAUGUUUAUGUAUUUCGUUUGAAUGGAGUUAGAUCUCGUAUCUUGGAAUUCAUGUGGAACGAUUGACGAUAAAAAAAAAACUCACUUACUAUCCGUCGGUAAAAACGGACUCUCAAACUGUUAUGGAACAUUAAAAAUGAUUAAAUAUUUAAUAAUAAUAAUAAUUGAAUAUUUAAUGUUAAGGGACAAUGAAAGCAAGUGGGCAGAGAUGGAUCAAGAUGAUGAGGUCAUUGUAGUGAAUUCAUUCUAUUAUAAUAAAUAUUUACAAUUUUUAUAA